UUGGUAAUACUAGGUGACGUCAUCACCCAGUCGAGCCGGCCACCUCAACUGAGUUGGUAGUGCAGCGAGUCGGUCCCAAAAUAAUUCUUAGGAUAAAUAAAAAUACUAACUGACCUACCGAGAUCAAGAGGAAGACAAAUCGCCGAGGAGGUGAAGAAGAAUAGGAAGGAACUAACCCCACUCAGCAGUCCAGCACCAUGUUUGGGUUUCUGAAGGAUGUUGGGGGUGAUAUACUCCAAAACGCUCUUGAUACCUCCCAAGAUGAUAGAAAUCGUCGGGGGUCGAGCCGGGACUACCACACUGGCGGGGGUCAACAACCAGGUGGCGGGGGUCAACAACCAGGUCACGGGUACAAGGAUGUAACUGACCAGGUCACCGAUGAGUUGGGAACACUGAGGCCCAACAACCCCCCACAAGGCGGCUACUCUGGCGGGGGUCAAGAUCCACAGCAGUAUGGAGGAGGUCAGAACCAGUAUGGAGGAGGUCACCAGCCAUACGGAGGUCAACAGUCAUACGGAGGUCAACAGCCAUACGGAGGUCAACAGCCAUACGGAGGUCAACAGCCAUACGGAGGUCAACAGCCCUACAGUGGUCAGCAAGGAGGAGGUGGAGGUGGUGACAUGAUUUCAGGCCUUAUCGGUGGAUUUCUUGGAGGUGGUGACAAUAACCAGCCACAGGGAGGUGGUCAGUAUGGCCCUGGUCCAUAUGGCCCUCCUCCAGGUCAAUAUGGAGGGGGUUAUGGCCCUGGUCCUUAUGGCCCUCCUCCUAGUCAGUAUGGAGGGGGUUAUGGCCCCCCACAGGGGCAGUAUGGCCCAGGAGGACAGGGAGGGUAUGGGCCACCACCGGGCCAGCAGCAGGGGGGCGGUGCAGACAUGGCUGGCAAGGCUGCCAACUUCAUCGGUGGGAUGAUGGGUGGUGGUGGAGGAGGCAACCAGGGUCAUGGUCAGGGUCAGGGUCAGCAGAGAGGUGAUGGAAUGAACGAACUUAUCUCUGGAAUGGCUGCCAACUACAUCGGUGGGAUGGUUAGUGGCAGACAGAACCAGGACAGGUCAGCGAACACCAGGCCCGUUAACACAGAUAAUGAUAUGAUGUCCAGCAUCACAUCUGGCCUUGUUCAGGGACUGUUCAGUGGUGGGCGGGGAGGUGGACAGGGAGGGGGUCAGGGAGGUGCCCCUGGCCAGAACCAGAUGAUUUCCAAUAUUGCCUCAACUGUCAUCAAAGGUUUAUUCAGCAGUCAAGGUGGAGAGGGCGGAGGCUUAACUGCAACCAUGCAAAAGUCUGGAAUGAAUCAAGGACUACUGGCUGGUAUUGCUGCCAGUAUCUUUUCAGCAUUCAUGAGCCACAACCAGACACAGCAGAAUGUGUCAGGUGCCCCGCCACCAGCCAACGAUUCUAUCAUUGGAAAUGUUACUACAAAUGUUAUCAAAGGGUUGAUCAGCGACAACCGGGGUAACGUAAAUCAGUUACAGACAACUGGAGUGACUCCAGACAUGGCUGGAUCCAUAGCUUCCAAUGUUGCCAAGGGUCUCUUCAGUGGGAAUGAAAAUGAUGCAGCAUACAGGAAUGCAUCUCCAACAGCCAAUGAGGCGCUCGUACGCUGUAUAACAAGCAGUGUUGUGAAGGGUCUGGCAAGCAACACUCAGGAUACUGCUGGUGAAGGCAGGCCACAAGUCAGUGAGAGUGUAAUCUCACAGAUGGCAACUAAUGCUGUCAGUCAGUACAUGAGUGGGAACCGUGGUGGCCAGGGAGGCGGCAGUGGCUCUGGGGGCGGUGACUUUAUGUCCAACAUGGCCGCUUCUGUUAUUGGUAAUAUGUUCAGUGGUGACAGUGGACAGGACACCACACAGAGGACGGGCCUCAACUCUGGAAUGGUGUCAGGAAUUGUGUCCAGUGUUGUCAGGAAUGUCAGGGGUCGGCCUCAAGCAACCAGGGGCGAGGUUGAUGGUGUCAACGAUGACAUAGUGGCCUCUGUAACCUCUUCUGUCAUCAAGGAGAUCGUCAGUCAGGACACAGAGGGAAAGAUUCUCCCGUCAAAUGAUGCAAAUGCAAACAGCCCGAUCGUCGCCAAUAUUGCUUCUAAAAUCGUCCAGAAUAUUAUGAGUGGUCGUGGCGGUGGAGGUGGAGGUGGAGGAGGAAGUGGAGGUAUUGGUAAUGAACUGAUAUCUGGCAUGGCUUCCCAGUACAUCAGCAAUCUGAUCAGUGGAGGAGGUGGUGGUGGUCAGAAGCCACAGAGAAACCAAGAUGAUGUCCUCUCUGGUAUAGCUUCAAAUGUUAUCGGAGGACUCGUUGGGGGUGGUGGUAGAGGUGGUGGCCAGCCAACCCAAUCAGGUGGCUCUAUCGCCUCAAACAUCAUUGGCAAGAUCGUCAGUGGCGGCGGUGGUGGCGGUGUGUCAGACGAUCUUAUUAACCAGAUUGAUGUUCAUGGGCCCGGACCAGUACCAACCGGACCUUCCAUGCCAGGUGGGCCCUCAGGUAUCCCAGGUCUUGUUCCCACACAGCCUAGGAUGCCUGGGGGGCUACCUGGACAGCCAGGGGGUAAGGUGGGGCCAGGGACGUCUAAGUACCGAGCCAUUGCCGCCACUGCCGUGGAGGCUGUCUUAGGCAACAAACUGGGAGAAGGUGUGAUCGGUGAUGUUGUCAAGGCGACCUCCACUGACGUCUUAGCUGAAGUUAUGGAGGGUGCAGUAGGGGCACAGUUCUCCACGAAGGAGGAUGGAGAAGUUGUCGAGAACCUGACCCAGAGUCAAGUUGACCCCUCCAAGCACCGGAUCUUCCCUGAUGCUGGGUCAAGCUGGCCUUCGUAUAGCUUACAUCACGGUCAAAAUUUCAAUCAAAGAACUCUGAUCUCGUCGUUCAUGAACAAGGGAGCUUACCACCUGAAGAACCGUCUCUUCGGUGGAGGACGUGGACGGGAGGCUCGUAUCAGCCCUGCUCAUGCUGUCUUUAGGGUACCGUGUGAUGCUCAAGGCUGUGGGGAGGGGGGUUCUAAUCUUCAGGUGAUCCAACGUGGUGGUACUGGGGUGGGUAUGGGGUAUGGGAUGGGCAUGGUAUGGGUAUAG